AUGAUGAACCAAGAGAUGGAGAAGAUCGCAGAGUACGAGCGAGGACAGCGGCAGCCGGACACAGACAAACCCAGCAGACACUUCCUGGACGACCCGCGGCGCUCUGGCCCCGCCCCCGACACCGACCGUAAAGAAGGAAGCCGCCGCCACGUUCGCAACUGGGGCGGGCUGGACUUCGACAACGUGAAGACGGGAGGCGAGCAGGAGCGAGAGUGGACCAGCCGGCGUCCGGGUCCCAAAGGUUCCUCAGACAUGACGGUGUCGAUGACCGGUCGUGAGAGAGCAGAAUACCUGCGCUGGAAGAAGGAGCGCGAGCAGAUCGACGAGGAGCGUCUGGCUCGCCACCGCAACGCCACCGGGACGUGGAGGCGGGAGUGGGACGCCCAGAAGUCUGACGGCAUGUUCACAGAGGAGACGGGUGUGAGUGGAGAGCCCGCCGUGACCGAGCCCAGCCCCCGCAGAGAUGAGAGUAAGCGGCCCCCCAAGGCCCCGAGCUUUGGGGACUUCCUGUCCCAGGGCAGGAGCCACACAGAGCGAGGAGAGAGAGGAGAGAGAGGAGAGAGAGGAGAGAGAGGGGAGAGAGGGGAGAGAGGGCGGGGCCGACAAAGAGGCUCCAGACCCAGCUACAGCAUGCACGACAACCGCUGGGAGUCUGAGAAGGAGGAGGACCAGAGAGAGAAGGAGGACGGCAGGAGAGAGAAGGAGGACGGCAGGAGAGAGAAGGAGGACAGGAUGAUGAAGGACCAGAGGGACAAGGAUAACAGGAGAGAGAAGGACGAGAGGAGAGGGAAGGACGAGAGGAGAGGGAAGGAGGACAAACCAAAACGGGAGGAGGCAGAGGAAAAGGCCAAGCCGCCCCAGGAGCCAAAGACCGCCGCCCCUCAGAUGGACGAGCCCAACGAGGACGAUGAGGACCAAUGGGAGGACGCCAGCGACGGAGAAGAGCUGGAGAUCUGCCACCUGUCCCCCAAAGAGCAGCGCACCCCCAGGACCCCUGAGGCUGCCAAGCCCCCCAGCCCCUUCUGCCCUCUGGACCACAGGCCUGUGUCCGACUGGGGCGAGGAGAUGGAGCUGCUGUCCCCCCGCAGCAGCGGCACGGGGGGAGAGAGCCCCCUGAAGCCCCCCAGUGUGCAGGCCAGUCCCCAGCAGACCACUCCCAGUGUGGAGGCUAGUCCCCAGCAGACCACCCCCAGUGUGGAGGCCAGUCCCCAGCAGACCCCCCCCAGUGUGGAGGCCAGUCCCCAGCAGACCCCCCCCAGUGUGGAGGCUAGUCCCCAGCAGACCCCCCCCAGUGUGGAGGCCAGUCCCCAGCAGACCCCCCCCAGUGUGGAGGCUAGUCCCCAGCAGACCCCCCCCAGUGUGGUGGCCAGUCCCCAGCAGACCCCCCCCAGUGUGGAGGCUAGUCCCCAGCAGACCCCCCCCAGUGUGGAGGCCAGUCCCCAGCAGACCACCCCCAGUGUGGAGGCUAGUCCCCAGCAGACCACCCCCAGUAUGGAGGCUAGUCCCCAGCAGAUGAUGGAGAACCCGGAGGACUCAGAGGACUCGGAAGACUCGGAGUACUCGGAGGACUCGGAGGACUCGGAAGACUCGGAAGACUCGGAGGACCCGGCGGACCCGGAGGACCCGGAGGAGAGACAUCCAGAACCUGACACCAAGGGCCCUUCUGAAGAAAAUGGAGAGCCAGAGCAGGCCGCACCAGGAGCAGAUCCACAGCAGGAUCCACAGCAGGAUCCACAGCAGGAUCCACCCCCCUCGGCUCAGUAG